AUGCUGACAGGUUCAUGGAUCAUCACUCGGCGUCGACCGGAUGCAUUUGUUGGUCGUGCAGAUAGCCUUAUAAAGGGAGGCGAAUGUUCAAAAAGGUCUCAGGACGAUUACACGAACUGGCCCAAUGGCGUCAACUUUAAAGUUCAUUGCAACUGGAGCUGUGUUACGUGUCGGAUGCGAUGCAGCGGCAGAGAUUCUGAGCUCAACAGAGGGCAGUCUGGGUUCUUUUACAUACUUCAUGCAUCCUACCUUCAAAGUGGGGGUACAGGUAGCUGGGAACGAGCCUGGGGGUUCAUAGAAAAUAUAAUUCUUUUCAGUGGUUGGGUUCCUAUAGGUGUUCAUACCUGUAUGCAUCAUGUAGAUAAGACCUAA